GCUGCGUGAAUUUUAACAAGCCGUGCGCGGAACAGUUCUUCCUGUCAGCUGAGUUCAUAGUUAAAAUGUCCGUUUUAUUCGAAAAGUGCCUCACGUGUGGGGCAUCUAUAGAUCUUUCUAUCCUCGAAAAACACGUUACAAACUGUUUUAUCCCCCACAGGAGAAACACCCGUUCUAGAAAAAGUAUUCAAGUUAACAUACUUCAACUUAAAGAGUUGUUAGAUCAUAGAGUUCCAGUCGAAGAAAUCUGCCAAAAACUAUCAGUGUCCAGGAGAACACUCUUUCGAGUCAUGAAAGAAUCCAACUUAUCAGCUAGGCCAAACUACACCCAUGUUUCUGACGAUAAGUUAAAGGUUUACAUGACAGGGGUGCUGAAUAAAAAUCCACGCUUUGGUUUGCAAAUGUUCAAGGGAUACUUAGUAUCCCAAAAUGUUUUAUUAAAACAGAAGAGACUGAGAUCAUGCUACCAGGACGUCCGAAUAAGUGAGAAUGCUCCCAUGACCUAUAGGAUCCAUCGAAGAGUGUACCAUGUUAGAUCCCCACUAACCCUAUGGCACAUAGAUGGGCACCAUAAAUUUGACAAAUAUGGAUUUAUUAUCCAUGGUGCAAUCGAUGGUUACUCCCGACUCAUUCCGUAUAUUUCUUUGGAAAAUAACAAUAAUUCUGAAACUGUUGUUGGCCUUUUCGAAAAAAGUGUAGAGGAGUGGGGUUACCCAGCGAGUGUAAGGUCAGACUUGGGUGGGGAAAAUGUGUUGGUUGCAGAUUUUAUGAUAAACGCCAGAGGUGUUAACCGUAACAGCUUUCGCACUGGAAAAUCUGUGCAUAAUCAACGAGUAGAGCGACUGUGGAAGGAUGCAAUUGAACGGUGCACAAUUACAUUUAUGGAAAUGUUCCAAGAAAUGCAAACUGACGGUCUGUUAGACGUGGACUCCGAGAUGGAUCUCUUAUGCCUACACAUGGUUGCAUAUGAUGUAAUCCAGCGCUCUCUCCAAGCUUUUAAAAACGCCUGGAAUUGUCAUCCCAUUAGGACUGAACACCAUAAAUCUCCUAUGGAGCUUUACAUUUCAGGUCUUACUCAGCUGAAGGAGGAUGAGGAACAAGGAAAGUUUGAAGGACAAGUAACUGAACUCAUCCAGGGCAAGAAACUAAAACCCUUGACUGAAUGGUGUGGCUAUGCAGAUACUUUCCAUCGGUGUGUCUUGGACAAAUUUAGAGUCGAUCUUUCAUUACAUGAUUUAGUUGCCGGGGAAAUCACCAUCGAUCCAAAAUCUGUUGAAAUAACUAAUUUAAGACAAAAAUAUCAACAACUUAAGUUUUUUUUCAUGCAGCGCGUAAAUGUUUGAUUCGACGUGCGUUGCUACGUCAUGCAUCAUGAACAGAAAGAAUAAAAUUAUUCUCUCUUUU